AUGGCAGAUAUCAAGAUUGACAAGAAUCUGUUCCAGGAGCGCCUCGCGCACUUCGUUUCCGCAUGGAAGGCCGACAAACGCAGCGGCGAUACGCUGUUCGGCGGUGCCUCCUCUAUCUUGGUGUUGAUGGGCAAAACCGAGGAGUCUGCGCAAUUUCAGAAGAACAAUGCCAUCCACUUCUGGCUUCUUGGUUAUGAAUUUCCUGCGACUCUGUUCCUCUUCACCCUAGACACAUUAUAUAUCGUCACGACUGCGAAGAAAGCAAAGCAUUUGGAACACUUGAAGGGGGGUAAGAUUCCUCUUGAAGUUCUAGUCCGUGGCAAAGACGCCGAGGCCAACGAGAAGCUUUUCCUCAAAAUCGCCGAUCUUAUCAAAUCUGCAGGCAAGAAAGUCGGCGUAUUGCCAAAAGACACCUCGAGCGGACCAUUCAUCAAUGAGUGGAAGAAAGUUUAUGGUGACAUUUCCAAAGACGUUGAGGAAGUCGAUGUUGCCCCAGCGCUAUCCGCUGCUGCCUUGGCUAUUAAGGAUGAGAAUGAGCUUCGCGCAAUGCGAACCGCCUCGAAGGCAUGUAUCGCCCUCAUGAAUCCCUACUUCGUCGAAGAAAUGUCAAACGUGCUGGACGAAGAGAAAAAGGUCAAACACAGUGCCCUGGCCAACAAACUCGAUGGCAAACUCGACGACUCGAAAUGGUGGACCACAGUCGAGCUCCCUAACAAAUCGAAGAUGCCAUCUGAUUUCGACCCUUCACAGUUGGACUGGACUCAUGGUCCAAUUAUACAAAGUGGCGGCAAAUUUGAUCUCAAGAUGACUGCUGUCGUAGAUGAUGAACUUCUACACGCAGGUGUUAUUAUUUCUUCAAUGGGUCUGCGCUACAAGUCGUACUGCUCAAUUAUUGCUCGUACAUAUUUGGUGGAUCCAAACAAAUCUCAAGAGAGCAAUUACAAGUUACUGCUUCAGGCUCACAGUCUUGUUAUCAAAGAGAUCAGGGAUGGCGCAAAUGUUAAGGACGUUUACACAAAGGCCCUGGGUCUCAUUAGGAGCAAGAAGCCGGAGCUCGAGAAGAACUUUAUGAAAAACGUGGGUGCCGGAAUCGGUAUCGAGACUCGGGAUUCUACCUUAAUUCUAAAUGCUAAGAGCACGAGGAGCUUGAAGGAUGGAAUGACUCUGUGCGUCACUACCGGCUUCAAUGACAUCGAAAACCCCAACCCGCAAGACAAAAAGAGCAAGACGUACUCUAUGGUUCUUUCAGAUACCGUUCGUGUCACACAAGCCGAUGCGGUCAUUUUCACUGGCGAUGCACCUUCGGAUUUGGACGCAACUUCAUUCUUUUUCAAGGAUGAUGAGGAGCCCGAGCCAGCCCCAAAGAAGGCCAAGAAGGACUCGGCAGUUGGUGCUGUAGCCACGAAGAAUAUCACCAAGACAAAAUUGCGUGCUGAACGAACAACUCAGACGGACGAGGGAGCAGAGGGAAGACGUCGUGAGCAUCAAAAAGAGCUUUCUAAAAAGAAGCAAUCAGAGGGUCUCGUCCGGUUCGCGGAAGAGACUGGAAAUCAGAAUGGCACUGUGGCGAAGAAAUUCAAGCGCUUCGAGUCGUACAAGCGAGACAACCAAUUCCCGCCUCGCGUUCGAGAUUUGGCUAUCGUUAUGGACCAGAAGAACUCGACGAUUGUGCUCCCUAUCAUGGGUCGCCCAGUUCCAUUCCACAUCCAGACCAUUAAAAAUGCGAGCAAGAGCGACGAAGGCGAUUACGCGUACCUGCGAAUCAACUUUUUGUCUCCUGGUCAAGGUGUAGGAAGAAAGGAUGAUCAACCCUUUGAGGAUGCAUCAGCUCACUUUGUACGAAGUUUAACUUUCCGAUCACACGACGGAGAUCGACUUCAGGACAUUGCCAACCAAAUAAGCAACAUGAAAAAAGAUGCUGUCAAGCGUGAGCAGGAGAAGAAGGAAAUGGAAGAUGUUGUAGAGCAGGAUAAGCUGGUUGAGAUCCGAAAUCGCCGACCUGCCGUCAUGGACAACAUCUUUAUCCGUCCAGCAAUGGACGGAAAGCGAGUACCAGGAAAGGUUGAAAUCCACCAAAAUGGUCUCCGGUACCAGUCACCACUUAACACCCAACACCGAGUCGAUAUUCUCUUCAGCAACGUUAAGCAUCUGUUUUUCCAACCGUGUCAGCACGAACUUAUCGUCAUCAUUCACGUCCAUCUCAAAGACCCCAUUCUGAUCGGCAAGAAGAAAACCAAGGAUGUUCAGUUCUAUAGGGAAGCUACUGACAUCCAGUUCGACGAGACGGGAAACAGAAAGCGAAAGUACAGAUAUGGUGAUGAAGAAGAAUUUGAGGCCGAACAAGAGGAGCGCAGACGUCGUGCUGACCUCGAUCGCCAAUUCAAGGCAUUCGCCGAGAAGAUUGCCGAGGCGGGAAAGAACGAGAACGUAGAUGUUGAUGUUCCAUUCCGUGAGCUCGGCUUCAGUGGUGUACCUUUCCGAUCUAACGUCUUUUGCCAACCCUCCACCGACUGCUUGGUCCAACUCACGGAACCACCUUUUAUGGUCAUCACGCUUGAGGACAUUGAAAUCGCUCAUUUGGAACGUGUGCAAUUUGGUCUUAAGAACUUUGACAUGGUCUUUGUAUUUAAGGAUUACCACCGCGCUCCCUACCACAUCAACACCAUCCCUGUCGAAUCCCUUGAGAACGUCAAGGAAUGGCUCGACUCCGUCAACAUCACUUUCUCCGAGGGACCACUUAACUUGAACUGGCCUACCAUCAUGAAGACCGUUACCGCAGACCCGCAUCAAUUCUUCCUUGACGGAGGCUGGUCUUUCUUGUCCAAUGACACGGAUGAGGAUGACGACGAUGAAGAAUCUGAAGAGUCGGCGUUUGAGAUGAGUGACGACGAACUUGCAGAGUCCGAGCAGAGUUCAGACGAGGAGAGCGACUUUGCCAGCGAUGCCAGCGCGGACGCCAGCGAUGUUAGUGAUGACGGAGAGAGUGAGGGUGAGGACUGGGACGAGCUUGAAAAGAAGGCGAAGCGGAAGGAUCGGGACGCAGGGCACUCGGAUGAAGAGGAAGCGCCAAAGAAGAAGCGGAAGCAUUAG